CUUCAGCAGCGAGCUUUUCCCGACUGUACUGUCGCCAAUGAGUAUCAGACGAAACUGAUAGUCAAAAAUUGGAUCCACCAUCUUGACGUUCGUUACGAUAAAACUUUUUCACAAGUGACGCUCUCGUGUUGUCACUUUAGACUUUAGAGGAUCAUGAUUUUCCACUUGUCAAGACUGAGAACCUCGCUGACCGUGACAUUAAUCAUCAGCUUCCUACCUUUGCCCGACUUAUUGCGCACGACACUGUCCGAAUAAACACGCAGACCUCGCGAGGAUCAUCAAAAUAGUAUGCAUCAUGAUUUGCGGAAGACUAGUCUCCCGUCGAUCAUUUUAGCUUUCUCUGUGUUUUUUAACCGCUCGCCAAAUAUCAAAUAUCACGCGAUAGCACAAUGAGUUCAAAGUGGAUGGAAUUACAUACAUACAUAUAUUGUUUCUUUGAUCGAAGAUUUCGAAAGCAAUACAACUUUUAAAUGUUUGAAGAACGGAUUAAUAAUUGAUAGUAAAAAAUCUACUUAACAGAGAUGAACGAAAAGAAAUUAAUCGAUGAAAUUAUGGAACUGCGUAAGAUAUUACGUGCAAAAGAAGCUCAACUAGCUACCUUGAAGCGCGAAAAACAAAUUUUGCAGGAUUACGGUUUAAGUAAUGACGAGAUAUCAAGAUACAGCCGACAAAUAUUUUUGCCAGAAAUUGGCAUUGAAGGUCAACUAAAAUUGAAAAACAGUUCUGUAUUAAUUGUCGGAGCAGGUGGUCUUGGGUGUCCUGCUGCUUUAUAUUUGGCAUCAGCUGGUAUAGGACACAUUGGUAUUAUCGACUACGAUGAUGUUGAGAUUAACAAUCUUCAUAGACAACUGUUAUAUACGGAAACAAGCAUAGGGUCAUCUAAAGUAGAUGCUGCUAUGGAACAUCUUAAUCGUAUGAAUAGUAACAUUAAAAUUACUCCAUAUAAGAUUCAAUUAGAUAGUAACAAUGCAAUGGAAAUAAUAGAAGAUUAUGAUGUGGUGCUAGAUGCAACAGAUAAUGUUGCUACACGUUAUUUACUAAAUGAUGCGUGUGUCUUAAGUAAAAAGCCUUUAGUUUCUGGAUCGGCAUUAAGAUUUGAAGGACACUUAACGGUUUUUAAUUACAACGGUCCUUGCUAUAGAUGCAUAUUCCCUAAGCCGCCUCCUCCUGAAACUGUAACAAAUUGUGGAGAUGGUGGAGUCUUUGGCCCAGCUGUUGGCACCAUUGGUGUUCUUCAAGCAUUAGAGGCACUAAAGAUUGUACUUAAGAUGCCUUGUGUUUUAUCUGGUCAACUAUUGCUGUUUGAUGGUCUAGAAAUGAAGUUUCGUAAUAUCAAUCUGCGACCCAAACAUGCGAAUUGUCCUGUGUGCGGAAAAUGUCCAACCGUUCAGAUAUUAAUCGAUUACGAACAGUUUUGUGGCGCAAAAGCGAAUGACAAGGAUCCAAACUUGAAUAUAUUGCAGAGGGAUGAAAGAAUUAGUGUGGAAGAGUAUAAUACAGCAUUAGAAUUAGGAACAAAGCCUCAUAUGUUAAUCGAUGUGCGUUCACCCGAAGAAUUUGAAAUUUGUCACUUGAAGAAUUCUGUAAAUGUACCGUUGCACAAAAUUGAAAGUAAUGAAACAAUAUCAUUAAUCAAAAAUAAGGUAAAAGAAAUAAGAGAUGAACAUGAUAAGAUUGGAUUAUACGUUAUGUGCAGAAGAGGCAAUGAUUCACAAAAGGCAGUGAAGCAUCUGCAGAAAGUAUUGGGUGAAACUGAUUUUGAGAUAAAAGAUAUCAUUGGAGGAAUUCAUGCUUGGAGCAAAAAAAUCGAUCAUACAUUCCCUGUGUAUUGAUUAUGUGAAAUUCAAAAUGUGUUUAAGUGUGUUUAUUAUGCUUUUUAUUCAUAAAGAUCGUAUGUGCAUAAUUUAGCAAUAUGCAAUUUUGUAAAUAAUGUAUAUAUAAGAGACAUAUACAUCUACAAAAAUUUAUCAUAUGUAAAAUAAAUUUAAUUGGAAUAUUUUUCUAUCUCACAACUA